GUCUAUGACCACAACACGGAAGUAUUUGGAAAAUCAACAUCCUCGUCUUCGGCUUAUUUAAACAAAUUUACCUGAAUGCAGCUUACAAAAGACAUACCAAAUAUAUAAUAAUAGACUUAGUCGUCUCCUCUGCCAGACCUCAUCAUGCUGUCCAUCAGACCUUUAUAUACCGUAAUAACUACCGUUGUAAUCCUGUGUCUGUUGCAUGAGGUGGUUGUUGCACAAGCUAAGAACUUUGAGGAUGUUCGCUGCAAGUGUAUCUGCCCCCCAUACAGAAACAUAUCGGGCAAUGUGUACAACAGAAAUGUCACGCAGAAAGACUGUAACUGCCUGCAUAUAGUGGAUCCUAUGCCAGUUCCUGGUCAUGAUGUGGAGGCAUACUGUUUAUUGUGUGAGUGCAAAUAUGAGGAACGAAGCAGCAACACUAUAAAGGUGACAAUCAUCAUCUACCUUGGUGUAGUGGGUGCACUUCUUCUUUACAUGCUGUUCCUGCUGCUGGUGGAUCCUCUCAUCCGUAAAAAAGACCCAUACACUCAGCCACUGCACAAUGAGGAAGACUCUGAGGAGAUGCGCCCACGGGCUGAAGCUGCAACGCCCAGAGGGAACACUGUGCUGGAGAGGGUGGAGGGGGCACAGCAGAGGUGGAAGAAACAGGUCCAGGAGCAGCGCAAGACUGUUUUUGAUCGUCACAAGCUCCUUAGUUAGACCUAUAAGUACCUCAGACCAGGGUUAGAGCAGGUAACUUCAGAUCACAGCUUACCAGCUGCAUAUCUGCUGCAUGACUUUUGACAUUAACACCACAUCACUUAUUAACAAAUAUAAUAUGUAUGUAAUGAAGGCAUCAUUAUAUUUGCCAAGCAUCUGUAUAUGCCGAAGCUUUUCAGAAACUAGCAAUGCAAUACAUUUAUGUUAAUUUGGUAGGAAUUUUUAAGCUUGUGAAUAUACAUUGCUCUUAAUUUUUUUUUUAUGAAUAAGCUAAACAAGAUAACUCAAAUCUUGUGUAACCAAGAUAGUGAACUAAAUGCUCCAUAAUCUUAUAUAACAUUUCCAUGAAGUUUGAAUGCCUAAUUUUCUGACUGACCUUUUCAGUUUUUUAUUUAUAAGGAGACAUGGGGUCCACUAGAAUCAUACCUCAGUUUGAACUGCUGUAUUAUGGUCCCCUUUAGUGUCAGUUGGAACAUUUAUUAUAAUUUAAAUAAUGUAUGAUAAUCUCUACAUUUGCACUGGACUUUUGCACUGCUCUGUCUUUACACUGACCAUAAAUUCAAAUAAACGAAACAACCUCUUGAACUGAA